AUGAAAGUUCUGAUUGUCCUGGUCCUGCUGGGCCUGUGCUGCUGGCCUGUGAGUGCCUCAGUGCAAAGCUGUGGGAGAAGCUGCGGGACCCGGCCCUUGGCUGAGCACCACGGGGUGUUGCGCGUCGUGGGCGGCAGCGAUGCCUCCCCGGGAGCCUGGCCCUGGAUCGUCAGCAUCCAGCUUCCCGGGGCAGCGGGCAGCGGGCACAUCUGCGGAGGCUCCCUCAUCCAUCCCCGGUGGGUCCUGACCGCAGGACACUGCUUUGACAAGUACAGGAACGUCCCGACAUGGCGCAUGGUGUUCGGGGCCACCCGGCUGUCUGAGCUGGGCCCCGAGGCCCAAGUGCGCAAGAGCAAGCGGCUGCUGAUCCACGAGAGCUACCGCAGCGGCGCCUUCGAGAACGACAUCGCCCUGCUGGAGCUGGACGAGCCCGUGCAGUGCAGCGACUACGUGCAGCUGGCCUGUGUGACUCACUUCUCCGACGUGGUGGUGUCGCAGCUCACAGACUGCCGCGUCGCUGGCUGGGGCUACACCGCAGAAGGCUCUGCAGAAACAUCCGACGUGCUGCAGGAGGCCAAGGUCCGCCUCAUCAAUGUCAAGCUCUGCAACAGCAGCGAGUGGUACGGAGGGGCCGUGCGCAGCUACAACCUGUGUGCUGGCUACCCGCGGGGCGGCAUCGACACCUGCCAGGGUGACAGCGGGGGCCCGCUCGUCUGCAGAGCUCCACACGCCAACUUCUUCUGGCUCGUGGGCCUGACCAGCUGGGGGAAAGGCUGUGCCAGACCAAAGCAGCCUGGGGUCUACACCUCCACCCAGCACUUCUUCAACUGGUUCCUUGGCCUCUGCACCGGUGCUGCAGAAGUGCAGCAAUACCUGUGCACUGGAACCUUUGAAGUGGAGAGUUACUGA